AAACUGCCCAACGGCCCAGAGCUGCCCAACUGCCCAACGGCCACUGAGCCUGGCAUCCUGCACUGCCACUGCUCCUACAGCACUUGGUUGGCUGUUUUUGUUUUCCAGUUUGUUUCAGCGUUGACAAAGUCCCUGUCUUCAGCUGAAAGGUCUCAGCAUGGACUGUAGGAAGAAUAAAACUGACAGAGAGAAGGAGGAGGAGUAUUCAGUGCUAAAUACUCCUUUGUCUGUAACUGUAGUGGAGUCCAGUAGCCAGUCCAGUGUCACCAUCUCUGGGAGUCUUCCACCAAAUCAAGAAGAGAUACAAAGCAUCAGAAGUGAAACGGAUGGCACAGUAAAGGCACACAGUGUUGUAGCAGGGCUGCAAGAUCUCCAGUGUGAGGGAAAUAGUUGUACAACAGAUUUCAAUGUCAGUAUCAGCUCCAGUAGUAGUAAGCAACCAGAGCCAGAGCACGCUGAAAACGUGUUUAGAGACCAAAAAAUCCUUCAAGAUGCUCAGGAAAGAGACAGCUCCUCAAAAAAGCAGAAAACAAGCCUCAAAACAUCUGUGAGCAACCAAAAGAAGAGUAAAAGUAGCAAAUGUGGACAAAAUAGAGAGAGGGAGUCUGAUCUUAAAGAACAGGAUAAUUGUUUGCCCAAAGUUUGCAAAUGGAGUUUUCAACUGUAUGACUUGGAAAAUUUGACCAGUGAUGAGCGCAUAGCACUUCUCCAAGCAAAAAUGCAGGAAAUUCGGAAACGUUACCUGUUGUUGAAAGCUGAGGUGGCUGCCAUUGACCGGAGAAAGCGCCUAAAGAAACAGCAGGAAAGGGCUGCUGCCACGUCAAGUUCCUCACCAGAUGGAAUGUCAGGGGAAUGCAGCAAGAAGUAAAAAUGUAGACCAUCAUUAAUGUAGCACCAGUCAAAACAAAGCUGAAUUUUGAUUCUUUUUCCUUAUGGUAGUUUGAAAAUUUCAAAGCAAGCUCCUGAAGAUAUUCACUGACUCCUUACAUCAACUGCCUCAAGUUCAGAUUCAGUGCAACUGAAACUGGAAUAAAACUUGUGUUCUCUGCCUA